GAAGAUGCUGAAAUAAAACUUAAUCAAUAUGCAAGGUUACUUAGAUUUUCUCUACGCCGUAAGCGGGUUGAAUGUGAUAAUAAUGGAAUUGUUCGUCAUCGAACAUUUGAAUGGAGCUUUUCUUGCAAUCCAACUUCAAAUAAAGUUAUUGAUAUAUCUCAUCAACGACAAUGA